AUGGGCAUAAUUAAAUGUUUUAAAGGAUACUAUAGGAAACGUUUGGUAGAAUCGAUACUUCUGGGGAUUGAAAAUAAAGUGGAUGACCCUUUUAAAGCUGUAAAUGUUAAGGACGCAUGUGACUUUAGUGCUGGAAGUUGGUGGGCAGUAACAGAGAAAACCAUUCUGAAUUGUUGGAAAAAGGCCGGUUUAGGUGUCUUAGAAGAUAAAAUGUUAUCUGAUUGUGAUGAAAAUUCCUCAGACUGUGAUAUUUUAUAUGAUCAGGAAAUAGUUUUGAAUCUCCAAACAUCUGUGUCCCAACUCGAGGAAAAAACGGGCAAAAAAUAUGGAGUGAACGUAGAGGAUUAUUUGACAGCGGAUGAUGAUCUUACUGUUUUCGCAGGAGUUACUGAUGAAGAAAUUCUCUCUGAAAUUACUGGUGAGAUGGAACAUAGUGAAGAAGAAGACGAUGAGGAGGAAGAUGAUGAUAAUACGA